AAAUGUGUGGCGGUAAUUAUCAAUAUCAUUGGUAAGUGAAGUGGUGUUGGAGAUGGAUCGAGAAUGGGGAUCGAAGCCCGGGAGCGGAGGCGCGGCGUCGGCGCAGAACGAAGCCAUCGACCGGCGAGAGCGUCUCCGGCGACUGGCUCUGGAGACGAUAGACCUAGCGAAGGACCCGUAUUUCAUGCGGAACCACCUUGGGAGCUACGAGUGCAAACUCUGUCUCACUCUCCACAACAACGAGGGCAACUACUUGGCCCACACUCAGGGCAAGCGCCACCAGACCAACUUGGCCAAACGUGCUGCUCGCGAGGCCAAGGACGCCCCUGCCCAGCCCCAACCCCACAAGCGCAAAGUCACCCUUCGCAAAACAGUUAAGAUUGGACGCCCUGGGUACCGUGUGACCAAGCAGUAUGAUCCUGAGACCAAGCAAAGAUCUCUACUGUUCCAGAUUGAGUAUCCCGAGAUUGAAGACCUUGCCAAGCCGAGGCACCGAUUUAUGUCCUCCUACGAACAGAGGGUGCAACCCUUUGAUAAAAGAUAUCAGUACCUUCUGUUUGCCGCUGAACCGUAUGAAAUAAUUGCAUUCAAGGUGCCCAGCACGGAGAUUGAUAAGUCUACUCCAAAGUUUUUCUCGCACUGGGAUCCGGACUCAAAGAUGUUCACGUUGCAAUUGUAUUUUAAAACCAAGCCACCGGAGGCAAACAAACCACAGCCUCCCUCUGCAGCCAAUGGCACAGCGACAUCUGGUGUUCCACCAAGGCCUUUGCCCCCACCACCUCAAGCUCCACUACCCCCACCUCCUCCUCCCCCACAAGGGCUACCUCCUGGUGCACCUAUGGCAAAUCCUCCUAGAGCUCCUCCACCUCCAAUGCCAGGAUCCAUGCCACCUCCCCCUCCUAUGGCUGCAGCUAACGGUCCUAGACCUGCACCUUCUGGUGGAAUGCCAUCUGUCCCACCCCCACCCCCUAUUGCAAGUGGGACAUCGGGUUUCAACAUGGGUACUAGACCUCCAUCAAUGCCUCCUCCACAAGGUUUUCCUACCCAACCAAUGCAGAAUCAGGGUGUCCGUCUUCCUCCGCCACCCCCUAACAUGGGACAGUAGAUCCUUGAGCUUUAGAGCAGCGAGCGUCAUCUGAUUGAAGCGUUAAACAACUGUGGUGGGAUGGCCCCUGUCCGUUAAGGACUUGAACCGUGGGCAUGCUGAGUCUAUGUUUCGUAAGCAAUACACCAAAUUACCUGUACACACUCUUCACCGUGUCAUUUUCAUAUUUACAAAUUAAGAUGUUGAUGUAUCAAGAUUUUGGUAUUUAGUAUUGAUGGCUUUCGAGUA